GAGACAAAUGAACAGAAGCUGUUUAAGAUCGCCAGUGAGCUCUUGCACACAGAGAAGGCCUACGUAGCAAGACUUAACCUGCUGGACCAGGUAUUCUGUACUAAGCUAAUGGAGGAGGCCAAUAAAGGAACGUUCCCCGUGGAGGUCGUGAAGAACAUCUUCUCCAACAUUUCCUCUAUCAACACCUUUCACAGCCAGUUUCUGCUUCCAGAUCUGGAGAAACGCAUGGGAGAAUGGGCGUCCACACCUCGCAUUGGAGACAUCCUGCAGAAACUCACACCCUUCCUCAAGAUGUAUGCAGAGUAUGUGAAGAAUUUCGACAAGGCUAUGGAGCUGCUGAAACAGUGGACUGAUCGUUCGCCUCAAUUCAAGGCCAUCAUUCAGGAGAUACAGAGUCAGGAGGUAUGUGGCUGCCUGACGCUACAGCAUCACAUGUUGGAGCCCGUGCAGAGGGUCCCUCGUUACGAAAUGCUGCUUAAAGACUAUCUGAAGAAGCUGCCGCAGGACGACCCUGACAGACGAGAUUCAGAAAGUAAGUCAGCAAAGUAUGGCAUA